UCGUAACAAAUUUGCCAAACAAAUGGGUACAAGAAAGAAAGGUUUGGAGUUUGCCAAACAUAUAACCGAGAUAAUUGCCAAAUCCACGGGCUUUGAGCGGCAUUUGGAAAAGGUGAAGAUCACGGGCGGUGGCGAUGGCGUCUGUACGGCCGAGUUCAAAGUAGCGCCGGAACACCUGAACAUGGGCGGCGGUCUACAUGGCGGCUAUACAGCCACACUAGUCGACAUGGUUACAACUUACGCUUUAAUGUCCAAGCCCUGCCAUCCCGGUGUGUCAGUGGACUUGAGUGUAAGCUAUUUAAAGGGUGCCAGAGAGGGCGAUGAAGUACUUAUUGAGGCGAAGACGGUGCGAGCAGGCAAAAAGUUGGCCUUUAUCGAUUGUGUGCUACGUCAUAAAAAGGAUAACUCAGUAAUAGCUAAAGGACAUCAGACAAAGUUCGUCGAUUUUCAGUAAUGACAUGCUAUUCUAUAUUGUCGGACCGAUUAUUCCAGACGAAUUAGGAAAAAAUACUCGCAAGUACAAUUUGUCUUGUAACGUCUUUCAAAAAGUUCAAAAUAUUUAGUUUUGAUACAGUGUGCUUUAUUAUUACAUGUGUAGCAGUACAUUUAUUUAAUUGUUAA